GUCAGGCUCCCCGAUCCCAGGCGGUGGGUCUCUGACUGCCCCCGGCUUGGCUUGUGCUGUUGCUCGGCUUCCCGCCUUAACAGUCAGCGCUGCCGGAGUUUGGAUACUAAGGGGCGGGGAAGAAAGAUUCUCUCAGCAUGAGGUGCUCCCUGCAGGCAGUGGCACUCUGGGGGAGGAAGGCCCCUCCACACAGCAUCACUGCCAUCAUGAUCACUGAUGACCAGCAGACCAUUGUGACUGGAAGUCAAGAAGGUCAGCUCUGUCUCUGGAAUCUCUCACCUGAACUAAAGAUUUCAGCUAAAGAACUUUUAUUUGGUCAUUCGGCUUCAGUAACAUGUUUGGCAAAAGCAAGGGACUUCUCUAAACAGCCCUAUGUCGUCAGUGCUGCUGAAAAUGGGGAGAUGUGUGUUUGGAAUGUCACGAACGGACAGCGUGUGGAGAAGGCCACGCUUCCUUACAGGCACACUGCAAUCUGUUAUUACCACUGCUCCUUCCGGAUGACAGGGGAAGGCUGGCUUCUGUGUUGUGGAGAAUAUCAAGAUGUUCUUAUCAUUGAUGCUAAAAGUUUAGCUGUUAUUCACACUUUUAUAUCAUCUCAGUCUCCUGAUUGGAUCAACUGCCUGUGCAUUGUACACUCCAUGAGAAUUCAAGAAGAUUCUCUCUUGGUGGUAUCAGUAGCUGGUGAGCUCAAAGUAUGGGAUCUCUCUUCAUCUAUCAACAGCAUUCAGGAAAAACAAGAUGUCUAUGAGAAGGAAUCCAAAUUUCUCGACUCCCUGAACUGCCGGGCGAUACGAUUUUGCACAUAUACAGAGAGACUUUUAUUGGUGGUAUUUUCUAAAUGUUGGAAGGUUUAUGACUAUUGUGAUUUUUCCCUUCUGCGGACUGAAGUUAGUAGAAGUGGGCAGCUUUUUGCUGGUGGAGAGGUGCUUGCUGCUCACAGAAUCAUCAUCUGGACAGAAGAUGGUCACAGUUACAUCUAUCAGCUGCUGAACAGUGGGCUUUCAAAAAGCAUAUACCCUGCUGAUGGAAGAGUGCUUAAAGAGACCAUUUAUCCUCAUUUACUGUGCUCUACUUCUGUGCAGGAAAAUAAGGGCCUUUCCUUUGUUAUGGGCUACAUGAAUGAAAGGAAAGAGCCUUUUUAUAAGAUACUGUUCUCUGGAGAAAUCUCAGGAAGAAUUACUUUGUGGCACAUCCCUGAUGUUCCUGUAUCCAAGUUUGAUGGUUCUCCUAGAGAAAUACCAAUAACUGCCACCUGGACCCUUCAAGAUAAUUUUGAUAAGCAUCAUACCAUGAGUAUUAUCGACUAUGUCUCUGGGGCUGCAACAGUGGCAGUCACUUCAUCAGAGUAUGUUUCAAGUCUUGAUAAACUAAUAUGUGGCUGCGAAGAUGGGACCAUUUUCAUUACACAGGCUUUGAAUGCUGCCAAAGCAGGACUUCUAGAAGGCGGUUCUUUAUUAAAAGAUUCCCUUCCUUACAAAGUGCUCAAAGGCCAUCACCAAAGCAUUACUUCAUUACUUUAUCCACAUGGUCUCUCUUCAAAAUUAGACCAAAGUUGGCUUGUGUCUGGAGACCAGGAUUCAUGUGUCAUCUUGUGGAAUAUCUUUACUGAAGAAAUUCUGCAUAAAUUCUUUUUGGAGGCUGGUCCAGUAACAAGUCUUUUGAUGUCACCAGAGAACUUCAGACUAAGAAGUGAUCAGGUGAUUUGCUGUGUAUGCAGUGACCAUUCCGUGGCUCUCCUUCACCUUGAGGGGAAGAGGUGCCUUCUGCACGCCCGGAAGCACCUUUUCCCCGUGAGGAUGAUAAAAUGGCACCCGGUUGAGAAUUUUCUCAUUGUUGGAUGUGCUGAUGACUCCGCUUACAUCUGGGAAAUUGAUACAGGCACUUUGGAAAGACAUGAAACAGGAGAACGAGCAAGAAUUAUUCUCAAUUGUUGUGAUGAUGCACAGCUUCUAAAGCCUGAAUCUGUACUUCCAGUUACCUCAGAGACACAUAAGCACAAAAGUAUAGAACAGAGAUCCUCCAGCCCCUGUCAAUUUGGGUCAAUACCUUGCCCUGGUCUGCAGGUGGAGUCUUCAUGUAAGGUUGCUGAUGUCAAGCCUUUCUCAGGACCUUUUAAUGUCUUGCCUGUGAAGACAAAAUGGAGUAACAUUGGCUUUCAUAUCCUUCUAUUUGAUCUGGAAAACCUUGUUGAACUUUUGCUGCCAACUCCAAUCUGUGACGUUGACCCUUCCAAUUCAUUCUACGGUAGUGAGAUCCUGAGAAGAGCUAAAAGCACAGUUGAGAAGAAAACCCUGACGCUGAAAAGAAAUAAAACUGCCUGUGGUUCUCUCUCAGCAGAGGCACAGGUGAAACCUGUUAGUGAGAACCCAGCCCAGGGAGAUAAUACUGUCAAAUCCUUAGAAGAAAAUGAUGGCAUUAAAAGGCACAAGAAAAUAAAGAACUCCAAAAAGAUGCACCCUAAGCCAUCAAGAAAAGUGGAUGCCAACAUCACAAUAGACACAGCUAAAUUGUUCCUCUCUUGCUUUUUGCCGUGGGGAGUAGAUAAAGAAUUCGAUAACCUAUGCAUUAAGCAUCUCGAUAUUUUAAAGCUUCAGGGUUCUGUUUCUUUAGGACUUGCCUCAAAUGAAGAUCACUUAUCACUGAUGCUGCCGGGUUGGGAUUUAUGCAAUGUGGAAAUGAAAAAAGACUAUUCAAAAGUAAAUUUAUUUUCCAAAAAAGUUUUGGACUUGUCAAAUAAAUACAUGUCCACUCUUCCAAAUCAGGUUGUGAUGCCAAGAGGACUGGAAAAUAAUUGUGAUUCAUUGCAAGAGUCAAACACCCUAAACACAAUAGUUUAUUUAUUGAGCAGACUAUUUGCAGUUAAUAACUUAGUUAACACACCUUUAGAGUUGGCAUGUGGAAUUGACAGAUCUUUCAAAAUGGAAUCUGUGCACAACAAGGCGAAAAGUCUUGGGAAUGAGAUUUCAAAUAUUUCAAGCUUCUAUGGUUACUUACGAAAUGGUAAAAGUGAAUCCCAUAUACCUGAAGCUGACAUUUCACUUUUGAAGCUAAUUUCCUGUUGGAGAGACCAGUCUGUGCAGGUAACUGAAGCAAUACAAGCUGUUCUCUUGGCAGAAGUUCAACAGCAUAUGAAGACCCUGAGUAAGAAAGCAGACAACACUCAACCAGGGUCCAUGACAGAGGACGUUCACUGUGCGAUGAGGCAGAUUCUGCAGAAGACGGAAUGGACCCGGGAGGAGUUAGAGUUACACUGUACUACAGACACCUUGCCUCUGCAAACUCCAGUCAGUCCGGUCAAGCAUGACAGCGACUCAAACUCGGCAAACUUCCAAGACACUGAGGACAUGCCUGACAGAUGUGUCUUGGAAGAGUCUGAGAGUCCAGGUAAGCCAAGGCAUCAUUCAUGGAUAGCAAAGGUGUGCUCCUGCAAACUGUGCUAAAUGGAAUCUUAUCUAUAGGAAUUGGAUUUGGACAAACUAUGAAACCCAAACAUUCCAUAUGUUUAUUGUUGUAUUAAAAACUAUGCUGUUAUCGGUCAAGUUAUUAGACUGUAAGUAGAUUUGCUAAUGCCUUAGGAAGGAUGUAGUGAAAAUGUAAUUACUGAUUGAAAAUAUCCAAAUUGAUCUAAUUUUUGAAAAUCAUUGUGGAAAUCAUGGCUAUAUUCCUGCCUCUUACUUUCCUUUAAAAUUUACAACAAGCAAUGCUAGUCUGAAGAUACAAAUUUAACACCGUUUUAGAUUUUCUUCCAUCUUUUCAGUUCCUAAAUAAUAUAGGCAACAUUAAAAUCAUACUGCUUUUAAAUAAUGUAAGAUACAAUGCUUCUAAAUUUAAUGCUGCUUCAAUGUAUUUAAUCUAAAACUUUACUAAAUUCAUUUGAUUUGGUAGGUUAGGACAUUUUGUUUUAGUAUAUGCUUUAAUAUGGAUCAGUCACCCUGCCAUAAAUCUCAUCAAAGCAUGAAAUGUGGUGAACAAAUAGCUAGUUCCAUUUAGUGAUCAAUUAGCCCAAAUAUGUGAUAGACAGUAUAACAGGGACCAAUCUUAUGUGGUUAGGUUCAUUUGGACUUCUCAUGACAUAGAAGCUAAUGUCUUCAGCCAAAGGCUGAUCUUAUUGGCCAUAUGGAUGUGAACUAUAUAUCUACUUACAGCAUAUCACAAUUGAUCCUUAUUAAGUAUAAACUCUUGUAGUUCUUUUCCCAGAAAGAAGCUUGACUAGCAGGAAUUUUUAAACUGAAAUAUGUGAAGCAAUAUAAACAGGAACAAAGUGCUCAUCUAUUAAGGCCCUUAGUGAUCUGAUUUAUUUUCUGUGCCUUGUAUUGUAUAAUUCCUGGAUUUAUAGAAAAUCAUCGAAAAGUGGUGUGCAUAUAAAUACAAAUAUUGUCUAAUCCAUAAAGAUGGAAAUAAAAUGUUAAGUUUA